AUGACAGAAACAGACACACAAAACAUUUCAAUGGGUCUUUACAGAUAUAUGUGUCAGGAAAUUAUUGGAACUGAAGAUCAGGUUAAAACAAUAAGAAUGAUGAACAAUAUAAGGGACAAUUUAACCAGCAGCAAAAGUAGAAUAACAAUCACAAGUGGAAGUUUUGGAGAAGGACUAGAAAUGACAGGAAGUGAUUUAGAUCAAAUGAGUGUUAACACAGGGAUUGAAGCCUCUGAAGAUACAAAUAUACUAUUCAAUGUUCAUACAUCAUAUUUUACAACAGUAUCAGACGAUGCAUCUCCAAGUUUCACUAAGUUACGUCUCUUACAUAGUAAUGGUCAAAGUAUAUAUGAAGACUGUGAUAAGAUUGGACAGGAUUAUUACCUUUCUAACGUGUCAGUUAAACAAGCAUAUUCCAACGAAAUCUUCUCGACUGUUCACGGUCCUUGUGUAACAGACAAAAAAGGGUUGUGUGACUUUGCAAUAUGUUUUCGUAGUAAAUCAUGGAUUACACCAGCAAACCAAUGGAUAACACGAUCGAAUAAUGGGUGGCCAGAUUACGAUGUUAAACAGGAUAUUGUUAAACACGGCGUACUUUUUGUUCCAAUUGGUAUGAAAGGAUCUAAAAAUGAAGAAUUAGAAUGGCGAAUAUCGUUUUCCGUUGGAGAAAAGCUUUUAAUUUACACAUUUACGCAUACUCAACUUCUAUGUUAUGCUCUUUUGAAAAUAAUUCUAAAAGACGUGAUAAAUAUCGACCCUCAUUGUAAAGAUUUGCUAUGUUCGUAUUUCAUAAAAACAGUUAUAUUUUGGAUAUCUGAAGAAAUAUCCAUAUCCAUAUGGAAACCUGACAAUUUGAUAUCGUGUUUCAUGAGAUGUUUUAGAAGGCUGAUAUAUUUUGUUGAAUACUCAGUUUGUCCACAUUAUUUUAUUCCAAAAGAUAAUUUAUUUGAGAAUAAGAUAAAAGGACAAUCGCAGCAAAUACUUUUAAAAAAACUCCGUACUCUAAACAGAUAUGCAAACCGCUUUCAACAAGCGCAAUCUUACAAAAUGCUAGGCAUAAGUUUUCAAUUAUUAGGAGACUCAGAAUCAGCGAAACAAGCUUUUUUGCGAUCUCUAGAAUUAUUUCCGGAUCCAACUUUAAAUGAUGCGUCAAAGAGAUUGUCAUUGAUAGGUUAG